AUGUCCUACAGCAGGGGUUCCCAAAAGAAGGUUCAGGACCCCCACAGGGUCACAAGGCAUCAAGUCUCUCUCCCCUCUGAAGCCGUCAGGCUACUUUGCGCAUGUUCGUCCAGCCGCACAGAGCAUUGCAUCGACACCAAGAUGGCGAAAACACGUCUGGCUUUCCUCCUCGCGCUCCUCUCCACUCACAGUUUGCUUAGCGUGUCAGCAGUGGUGUUAAAGACCGACAACCAUUCCCCAUCCACUGAUGAAUUUAACAAGGUGGAGCUAUCAUGUUUGAUCGAGACCAUCUCCACAGCGAACCCCCGGAUCGAAUGGAAGAAGUUUACAGACGGGAAACCGAGCUACGUUUACUUCGACAAGAGGAUUUCAGGUGACCUGGAGAGCCGAGCUGUGAUCCGAGAGCCCGCCACACUCGUCAUAACCAACGCCACCAGGUCAGACACAGCCAAGUACCGCUGCGAGGUCACGGCUGCUGCUGAUGUACGGACCUUCGAUGAGAUCGAGAUCAACCUGGUGGUCAGAGUGAAGCCGGUGGUGCCAAAGUGCAGCGUUCCGAAGUCGGUGCCUUUUGGGAAGUCGGCCGAGCUCAGCUGCGUGGAGGAGGAGGGCUUCCCCAAGUCUCAGUACCAGUGGUUCAAGAACGGCGAGGAGAUUCCAGACGACCCCAAGACCAGCCUCAAAUUCUUCAACUCCUCCUACACGCUCAACGCAGGAACAGGAACUCUGAGAUUCAGCGCCGUCAGGAAAGAAGAUGCCGGAGAAUAUUUCUGCCGGGCCAAGAACGACGCGGGACACGCCCAGUGCCCCCCCCAGAAGAUGGAAGUGUAUGACAUAGACGUGGUGGGGAUCGUACUGGGAGUGCUGGUGGUGGUGGUGGUGCUCCUUUGCAUAACGGUGGGAAUCUGCUGCGCCUACAAACAGGGAUACUUCUCCAGCCAGAAACAGCCAGGAAGCAGUUACAAAGUUCCCUCCAAAGGAGACGGAGUGGACUACGUCCGGACCGAGGACGAGGGGGAUUUCCGACACAAAUCAUCGUUUGUGAUCUGAUGACGGAGCGAGGACGGCGAGCCCGACCCGACCCGGUCCGACCCGCCGCGCUGCUGGACCUCAGAGUUCACAGCAGGACUCAAACCCAAACACUCAAACUUGCCAAAGGUGACGGACAAGAUGUACACCGAGGUUCACCUGCUUUGCUUGGUUCUGAUCCGUUUCUCAGCCUGCUGGUUCUGGUCGGUUCCUCAGCCUGCUGGUUCUGAUCCGUUCCUCAGCCUGCUGGUUCUGAUCCGUUUCUCAGCCUGCUGGUUCUGGUCGGUUCCUCAGCCUGCUGGUUCUGAUCCGUUCCUCAGCCUACUGGUUCUGGAAGAGGUGGAUCUCUGUCCUCUUUCUCCUGGAAACUCAGCUUUGCUCGUUUCUUUGUUUUCUACGGUUGAAUACUAUUUUUGAUGGAAAAUAUUUUAAUGCUUUUAGAUCAAAGUUUACUUUUUUAAAUAUUUGUAAAAUACUAACAUGUUUAGUUUAGUUUUGGUUUGAUCAGUUUUCCCCUUUUAGUAGAAACGGACUGAAAGCGGUUCUGUUCAGAAGUGUCCUUCUCGGCCUCCUGGUUUCUCAGUUAACCUUCCGGAACCGGUCGACCCGGUCGGCUCACUGGGUCCUGGUUCUGUAGCAGGAACGGAGCAGCCCGCUGUGACCCGAUGGGGUCUGGAAGGAUAACGACUGUAAAUAGAUGUUUGAUUCUUUCUUCUUCUUCGUGCUCCAGAUGAUGUAAAGCAGAGCGGCGUGUUUGAGGCAGCAUGAAACUCUUUCCAUUAGUGAGGCUGAGCAGGAAGACGUUUCCUCUGACCUUAAAGGAUCAGACUGAGCUGAUCUUCUGCUGCAGAUCAGAGAACCAGCAGCGUGUAGAGAUGUAGAGCCAGCUUCAGUCAUGGUAGAGCCGAUGUGCCCACAGGUCUGCAGCCCCUGCUUCCUCUGGAGUCCUUCCUUCCCUUCCUUGUUUCCUCUGUGACCUUCCAUACCUCCUUGUUUCAUUCGUGAUCUUCCAUGCUUCCUGAGUGUCUUUGUGACCUUCCUUCCCUCCCAGGUUCCUCUGUGUCCUUCCAUACCUCCUUGUUUCAUUUGUGACCUUCCUUGCCUCCUCAUGUCUUUUUUUGCCUCCUCGUUUCCUCCGUGUCCUUCCUUGUUUCCUGGGUUCCUUUGUGUCCU